AUGAUGAGUUUAGGCGAACAAAACGAGGAAGAGAAGUCACAGCGUCGAUCUACUCCUUAUACUGAAAAAAUUCAGGAGCGUCCUGAGCGCAACCCACCGAUUCUAUAUAAACCAUUAAAGCCUAAAGAUUUUUUUGAAAAAUAUCGUCAUGAUAUUACCAGCAGAGUUUACAAAGUUUGGCCCAAAGUAGAAAAAGACUUCACAUUAGAACCAUUUCAAGCAUCUUUUCGUUAUUAUGAUUAUGGUGGUCAAUAUCUUUUCAUGUGUGACUUACCUGAUGGACGACCAACAUAUAUAACAGUUACCGAAUCAUUCGAAGUAGAAGAGGGAGAACUAGCUAAUGAUGAUGAAGAACGACGACGACGCGUAAUCAUCAGUGUUAGUUGA